AAAUAGUAAACUAGUAUUAUAUAAUUGGUGGGAGAGAUAAGGGUUUUAUUUUUCUGGUUUUCUUAGGUAAGAACCCCCCAAGUUGGAAAAUUUUAUCAACACAAAAAAACAAUCUCCAUCCAAUCAUCUUCUCUCUUGGUGUGUAUGCAUCCAAUUUUUUUUUUUCCAGAAAACCCCACCUUAUAUUUUGAUAGACAUCACUACAUAUAUAUAAUUGGAUAAAUUCAUCAUCAUUUGGCAAAGUUGUUGAGAACCCUUUUCUCUCUUUCUCUUUCUUCUUUUUUUGAGAUCUCUCUUCCUUUUUUUUUCUAUCUUUAGAAGAAGUUGAUGUGGAGAAUUGGAGAGCCAGAAAAAGCAUAUAAUCUGUCUGGUUGAAAAUGGGCAGGAAAUGCUCGCAUUGUGGGAACAUAGGCCAUAACUCAAGAACUUGUACCACUUAUAGAGGUGGUUGUGCUUCUUCUACUGCCACAAUGGCUGCUGGUUUGAGGCUGUUUGGUGUACAACUUGAUGUGUCUAAUCCUUCUUCUUGUAAUUCCAAUAUCCACAUGAAGAAGAGUUUCAGUUUGGAUUGCUUAUCGUCUCCGGCUUCAUCUCCUUCACCUUCAUCUUCACUGACUUCUUCAAGGCUCUCCAUUCAUGAAAAUUGUGACAAGAUUUCUAUCAAUGGUUAUCUCUCUGAUGGCCUCUUGGGUCGCCCACUACAAGAAAGAAAGAAAGGUAUGUUUUCCUAAUUCAGAUUCUUAUUCAUUCCUUUUUGCUUUUUUAUUUUUUUUUGGGGGCAUAUAAUUGGGUAUCAUGUCUAAAAAAAUAGUAACAAUUCACUUUAUCGAAUUAAAAUAAUCAUAAACUUUGGUCGUGUGACUAAAGAGUAUUCAUUUUUAUGAGUUUCUUAAUUUCCUUAAUUUGCAAAAAUGUAACCUUAAUUUGUUUGAAUGAUGAUGAUGAUGAUGUUAUAGGAGUUCCAUGGACGGAAGAAGAACACCGAUCUUUCUUGGUAGGACUUGAGAAGUUAGGCAAAGGAGAUUGGAGGGGAAUUUCAAGGAAUUUUGUGACUACAAGGACUCCAACUCAAGUUGCUAGUCAUGCUCAAAAAUAUUUUCUCAGACAAGCCAGUCUAGCCAAGAAAAAAAGACGUUCCAGCCUAUUUGACUUGGUUGAGAGCAACAAGAACAAUCAUUCUUCUCAUCAUCAUAAUCAUCAUCAUGAGGGUUUAGGUUCGGGUUUUCAGCUGACUACUAAGGAUGACAAUCCACCUUUAAACCGACAUGAUCGGAGUACUUCUGUGACACUUUUGCUCGACCUCAAUUCAUUCGAUUCGAAUGAUGUUAAUAAAAACAUCAAUAGUGUCCAAGAAGGAACUACAAAAUCUCAAGAGGGUUUCUGGGCAAACAAUCUCAACAUUUCAUCAUCAUCACCAUCUUCGACAAAGUCUUCAUCACCUUCUAAUAUUAUUAUUUCUUCCACCACCACCACCACGGCCACCGGCGGUGGCGGUACUAGUAGCGGCGGCCUUCCUAACCUGGAGCUGACACUGGCCGGCCCAAAAACAACAACCACUGGUCGAACUCCGGCAUCGGUCCUAAUCGGACCAAUCAGUGUAAUCUGACUUUGUACCAACCACAAAAAAAAAGAAAAAAAAAAAGUAGUAGUGACAGCUGAAAGAUACCAUUUUGGCGUCAAUUGAAGAUUCAAUCAAAUUCAUGUAAUGUGUAUUACUGCUCCCACCAAUUAGUUUCCAUAAACUUGGAACAAAAGAAAUAAUUUAAUUUGUAUUCGUUUAUUUGUAUUUUGACUAUUUGCAGUUGAAGUUUAGUAUGAAUACAUGGAAAUGAGAUUCCGUUUUGUUAUUCCC